AUUUUACGUCAUUGUCAUUUAUUAUUAACAACACAAAAAUGGAUGAAGCUGUUUAUCUAAAAUACGACGGGAAAAAUAUUGAUAUCAAACAAGAAAAACAAGACAAUGCCGACAGUUAUAAAUACGACUUCGAUUCCGGAAGCCAAGACAGUAGCAAAAGUGGUAGCGGAGGCUACCAGCGAUGGGCACCUAAUUUGAAUGGCAUCAGAAAAAGUGCAUUUACGCCGUACAAAUCCGUUCAGUGCACUGCGUUGACUAAUUUGCAACGAGGCAAUACGCAGGCGCGGGUGACGGAGCUACCCCAGCCGGACAGCAGCUUCCACGCGAAGGCCGGGCGCGGCGAGAUCACGCGCGAGGACGUGAAGCUGGAGCCGUACGUGGACAUCACGGACGAGCACGGGCUCACGGCGCUGCACUGGGCCGCGAGCUACGGCCAACUCAACAGCUGUCAAGACCUAGUUUGGAGCGGGGCUAAUGUCAACAUGCGUGGACCCGAAGGGGAGACAGCACUACAUUUGGCUGCCGCCGGGGGACACCAUGAAAUUGCAAAAUUUCUGUUGAAUGAGGGAGCAGAUGCCGAUGUCCAAGAUGAUUCCGGCAGCACUGCUCUGAUGUACGCCGCAGCGGCAGACUUCCCCUACACCUGCAAUGAGCUCCUGAUCCGCGGGGCCGACCUCACUCUCACUAACGACUACGACCAAGAUGCAUACACCCUCAGCACCACUAACAAUAGUAAACUGGCACAAACUGUGAUAGAAAACUUUUUAAUUGGUUGUCUCAGCAAAAUGUGAAGAUACCAACCAGACCAAAUUAUGUCGGAAUAUCCACACAAUUCAUUUGCUUUAACAGUUGAAUGAAGAAAUACAGGGAUUUAGUUUGUAACAUAAAUAAUGUAUCUAUUUACUUCAUUAUAUAUACAGAUCAUGUUUUAUGAAAUAAAAGAUUUUAAAUUACA